CGGCACAACUAUCGCACGGACAUCGUGCACUGUUUGUAAAUAUCACGUGGUAAAUUGGCGUGUCGAGAACGCGUUUCGGAAUGGAAGAUGAAUCAGUAGAUGCAGAAGUAAUUCCACCAAAUUCACCACUCUACCAGUACCUGUCUGAGGCUGGCUAUGAUCCUGCAGAACUCUAUGACACACAUGAAUGGAUAUCCCAGGAGAGUGUGCCACCAAAGGAGCGCACUGACAUGCCCAUGCACGUCUGCAUUGCAGCUACUGCUACUACUUUGGGAUGCAAUGUGCAAUACUGGAUAUCCAAAGCCUGGAAUGCUCUUCUCAAUUCUGUUUAUGAGAUUAACUCAACGGGGUUCUUAUCAGCAAUUCUCGACAGCCCCAUGCUCCUUGAAGAUGACCACCGUUUCCUCGAAAAUCUGCUCAGCGCACAAAGUCCUUCUAGCGUCACUAACAAUCACAGACGCUCUACAGUCGCCAUCGUUACCAGUGCAGUUCUUGUACUCAUGAUUUCAAGAUGGAUUAUGGCUCCACCCUGGAACUUCCUGGAUGAUAUUCUAGCGGCGACUGCCUGUUUGUUGAUAUCAUGGCUGCUUUUAACCCAUCUCAAGAAAAAGCUUGUUGUGCAACACGAACACAGUCUGAGUGUGCUGCUGGCAUUGGAGAAAGACUUCAGAUCGAAAGUGAAAAAGUGCCUUCAGGUCAUCCAAGAAUCAGAAAUUGUGGCAAGGGGUUUCACAUUAGCAUCACACAAUGUGCCUGUGCAAAGACUGGAAAUGAACAAACUCGUGCCUAGUCUAGAUCCCAAUCGACAGUGUCCUGAACUGCGCCAGUCUCUGUUCCACUGGACCAGGGAGAUGUUCCUGUUUUGGCGAAACACAACGUGUGAUUUAAUGAAGUCAGUCCCGCUGGCUGGCGAAUUGGAUUCUUCUUUAUUGUAUUUGGCCUGCACCGAACCCGAAGAACUCAGCAAAGAGCUGUUCAGUGAAAAUGAGGAAGAGCUUUACGUAGGAACUGAUUUCUAUUCCCUCUCUGCCUUGAAGUCAAUGCUGUACCUGUUGGAUGUUCAACAGUCUGAAUUUCUGAGAAGACUCGCAUUAUCGAUGGCGCCGAACAUCAAGAAAACUAGACAGCGCUGUGCUUAUGAACUCAAGAGAGCAGUAGACAACUCUAAGAAAGUGACAGAGAGCUACCUCAACAAAGUGACCAACGCCUACCAGUUAUACAAGAGCUGCCAUGAGGUUCGAAGCAGAGCAUCAACUACGUCUACAUCUCGCACAAGCUUGCCUAGUCCAGACUUUCACGUAGCUGUUCAUAGUUUAGCACUACAUCUUCAAGCUGCACUUAAAAGGGUUGAGGCAAUGGAAGACAUUACUGAAUCCUUCGACGUAGAGCAGAUGGAUGAGGAGUUAAAGUCUCGUUUGAAGUGCCUGCUCACAGAAGUACAAGCAGAAAUUGCAUCUGCCGGUAUAUGUGUGCAAGACGUUACAGGGUACAUAGAGAAAAGAGAAAAAUUCAAAGAGGAACCUGUGGAAAACAACAGCCACAGGGGUUUAUUGUCGACGGCCUCCGGUGACAUUCAGCCAGUGGUGACCAUUAAGGAAGAUACCAAAACUGUAAUUGUUGAUGAGGUAUUCGAAGCACUACUAACAGAAAAGCCAGAACCUUCACCACAUGAUUGGGAUGAUGAUGAUGACUUUAUGAUAGUUCCAAAGCAAGCCCGUGCCCGACAGAAAGAAGCCUCUGCUGUGGUGCUCAAGGAGCUGAGAACUGUCCUGGUGGUUAAGGCAAAAGAGCACCAAGAACGAGAAAAGAAAGCUUUAGAAAGAAGCGGUGUCGAAGGGGAGCUCUUUGACAAACUCGGAUUCGUUCUACCGGAAGCAGAAGAGGAAAAUGAGGAAAAGGCCACCAUAGAUGCAGACCAUCCACCUGCACAAGACAUCAUGCCGUCCUCUGCUCUUGAAUUAAUAUCAAAUGACAGCUCGAGUGAUGUUGGGCAUGCUAGUGGAAACUCUCCAGCAAAAAGUGCAACAAGUGAGCCAGUAAGUUGUGCUGCACAGGAAGACACCUUUUUGUCCGAUAAUGAAGCGCAAGAACGCGAAUCAGCAACGGUGGAAAGCGACAGUACUGAAACCAUGGACAGGGGAAAUACUGUGGAAGUUCCACCUUCCCCUGGGAGGUUCUCACUGCCUCAUCCUACUAAUAUUGCGCAAAUGGCGGUGAACAAGUCAAAGUUUUUCACUCCAUUGCAAGUGUGUACUUUUGAAGAUGCUAUCAGUUGCAGCUCUUCUGAAGACGACGAGAACGAAAGUGAUAACUGAUGAGAUUCACUGAGCUGUCACGCAGAUAGUUGGAUGUCGAAAUCUUUCAGUGCCAUAAAGUUCUCAAGACUGCGAAUGAUGCAAUUGCCUGUGAUUGUGUGUGUGUUGGUAAACUCGCACCUAAAAACGAAGAAGCUACAAAGAUGGAUCUGCCAUUAGCAAUAAAUUAUUUAUUUCUCACCCCA